CCUGUCCCCAUCACCACGGCGCGGCGCCGCCACCGUUCAACGGCACGACGCCGUCGCCGUGCUACGGUGCGGCGCCGUGCCCGAGCACGGAGCCGUAUCACGGUGUACCUGAUUCUCAGUCGAUAUUUCACAGUUGGUGUGCUCGGACGUGCCUUGAUAUUAUGAAUCGCGAAAAAGUUAUUCUCAUGUUGUUGCUAAGGCGGCGAAUGAAAAAAAAACAGAAAAUAAGAAAGUGUUGGGUAAAUCCAUACAUUUAUACAAUGAACCAAGACGGAGGUCAUUUCAAAAGGAAAUAUGCAGCGCUGAAAAUAUGUGGGGAUGCGAAAUUUUUUGAAUAUUUUAGAAUGACCAUAUCAAGUUUUGAAGAGUUACAUUUCAAGAUAGCACCUCGUUUACAAAAACAAUAUGUGUUCAGAAAACCCGUUGAUUCUAUGGAGAUGCUUGGUUUAACUAUCAGGUUUUUGGCAACUGGAAAUUCAUUUAGAGAUAUGGAAUUCGCACAAUAUCGAGGAAAAAGUACAAUCGGCAGAAUAGUGCGAGAAGUAUGUCGUGCUUUAUGGGACAUUCUUUUAUCUGAAUGUAUACCGCCAAUAACUGAAGACCUAAUGAAACAAAUAGCGGAAGACUUUGACAAAAAAAACAAUUUUCCAAAUUGCAUGGGGGCCUUAGACGGGAAGCACAUUCGAAUUUGCAGUCCCGCCCACAGUGGAUCUCUUUUUUUUAACUAUAAAGGUUAUAAUUCUAUCGUGUUGCUGGCACUAGUCGAUUCUAAUUACAGAUUUGUGUACGUCGAUAUAGGAGCAUAUGGAAAAGAAUGCGAUUCGACAAUUUUUCAUAAUACAAAACUGUACGAAUUAUUAUUGCAAAACCGACUCCCCAUACCAGCUCCAAGGCCUUUACCAAGCCUUCAAAAACCCGUUCCUUAUGUCUUUAUUGCAGAUGAAGGCAUACCGUUACUCAGCAAUCUAAUGCGCCCAUACCCAGGGAAACAUUUGAACAUAGAUCAAAGAGUUUUUAACUAUCGUUUGAGUCGGGCCAGACGAAAUGUUGAGUGUGCUUUUGGAAUACUUGCAAAUAAAUGGCGGAUAUUUCAUAGGCCUUUAAAUGUAAAAUAUAAUUUUGCAAUAGAUAUUAUCAAAACAUGCUGUGUAUUGCACAAUUUUGUUGUAUCUCGAGAUGGAAGUAAAAUGUCCGAAGAAAUGUAUAUUGAUGACUCUCUUUUGGACUUGCAAUCAACUGUAGAAGAAGUUUCUUUACCAAAUCCAGUGGAUAUAAGAAACGAAUUUUCAAAAUAUUUUAAUAGCGAUGUCGGCGCGCUUAGUUGGCAACUAAGCAAAAUAUAACUCCAAACCAGUUAACCGGAGAGCAAGCGGUGUUCAGAAAGAUAAGAUAUCGCUCAAAUUAUUCGAUAUGUCUGUGUAGUAUAGUAAAUAUGACCAUUGUACAAUGUAAGUUGUGACUCUACAGAUAGAUACAUUUACAUACAUGACAUUAAAAUUAAAAUAUAUCUUCAUGAGACCACGACGCAAUCAUGAAAACAAGAUAAAUAAAUGUUAGUA